AUGAGGAAAGAACGAAAAAAGCUUAAUUCGAUCCACAUAGUUCCCGAUCUAGUGGAAGAAAUUUUCCUGCGAUUGCCCUUGAAAUCAAUUCUGAAAUUCAAAACCGUCUCAAAACAAUGGAGAUCAAUUCUGGAAUCGAAGAUGUUCACCGAAAGGCGUAUGAGUAUUCAAAAGAGCCACCGGAAGAUCCUGGCUGCUUACAACUGCGACUGUCCGGACCGACCGAGACUCCUCCCCGAAUCGCGGUUCGAAGGAGACGAAGAGAUCGUUUUUCUUCACUCCAACGAGGCGCAACGAGGCUCGAUGAUGACUUGCGACGGUUUGCUCUGCUUUCCCGAACCAAAUUGGGUCACCGUUUUAAACCCAUCAACCAGACAACUCCGGCGAUUCCGAUCCGGCCCGGAUCCAGUGUCCUCCAAAGGAACAGAGUCGGGAAAGUGUGUCAUGGGAUUCGGUAGAGACAAAGUUACGGGGAACUAUAAAGUAGUGAGGAUGUGUUUUGAUCCUGUGGAGGAAGAAAGGUGUCAUGUUCUUGAUGUUGAAUGUGGUGAAUGGAGGAAACUGAGUCCACCUCCGUACAAGGUCAAUGUGGGAAGGAGGCCUUUGGUAAGGAAGCCUGUGUGUGUGAAUGGGUCAGUUUACUGGUUACAUAUUUUGUGGGAUUUCAAAAUACUAGCCUUGAAUCUUCACACACUAGAGUUUCACGAUGUGUCGGUUCCAACUACGUCGUGGGUUACGUUUGAAACCAAGAUAGUGAAUCUUCAGGACCGUCUAGCCAUAGUCAAUAUGAAAAAAGGGCCUGAACGGAGACUAGAGAUAUGGAGCAUGGAUGCAGAAGAAGAAAUAUGGAGCAACACUUACUGCAUAAGCUUAGCCGGUCUAACUAUUAACCCAUGGGAGUCAACUUGGUUUACGGUGAUGACAAUUUCUAAGUUUGGGAAUGUUGUCUUCUGUGACAAUCACAAGAGGUUAUUCAAAUAUCGUCCAAAGACAAAUGAGAUUCGCUGUCUCUCUUCGGAUAUUUGUGUUAUAUCUCCUUACCUCGAGAAUUUGGUCCCACUUGGGUCAAAGUCAGGAUAUCAUUCCGACUUGGAAAUCAUGACAUCUAGAUGUGGAUUGCUUCCGAGGCAUCUGGGAGCCAGCUCCGGUAUAUCCAAGCUAUUGAAAGGGAUCACAUUUGGGACCCUAGAUAUUGUGUUUAUCACACUAGUUGGGUGUAUGUACAAAAAACUGUUGAAUGGUUAA